AUGUCUGGAUUUAACUUCGGGACGGGAACACUCGGUGCCACCACCACCGCUGGUGGGGGAUUUUCAUUCGGAGCAGCAACCAGUGCACCUGCGGCUAGUACUGGUGGCUUCUCGUUUGGUAAUGCAUUGGGUGCUGCCGCUGCCACCCCUGCCACGACAACCAGCACAACCACGUCCCUUGGACUAGGAGGAAGUCUUUUUGGCCAGAAACCAUCCGGAGGGUUCUCGUUUAACACGCCGGCCACCGGAGCCCCAGCUGCUACAACAGCCUCAACUGGCUUCGGGCUAACAUUCAACAAACCCACUGGCUCAGCUGCGCCAUUUUCCCUCACCACUGCUACCACCACCUCCGCGUCUGUCCCUGGGGCAGGUUUAACAUUCGGCUCCGUCCUGACAUCGACGGCACCGCAGCAGCCGGCAGCGACAGGCUUCUCGCUCGGGCUUGGGAGCGCGACGACCACAGCGACUGCAGCAACCGUACCUUCGUUGGGCUCGGGCCUCUUUUCCAGCACGGUCGCUACAGGUUUGGGUCAGACCACUCUUGGAGGAGCAGGAGGGGGGUUAACAUUAGGGUCUUUAUUAAGCACCUCGACGGCAGCCCCGGCUCCUAGUAUUGGCCUGGGCGGGAUUGACUUCAGUACCUCCUCUGAAAAGAAGAGUGAUGCCUUAUCUGGAGCCACUGCCCAGGACAGUAAAGCUUUAAAGGAUGAGAACCUGCCUCCAGUCAUUUGUCAAGAUGUUGAGAAUUUCCAAAAGUUUGUCAAAGAGCAGAAACAGGUUCAGGAGGACAUCAGCAGGAUGUCAUCUAAGGCAAUAUCCAAAGUCCAAGAUGACAUCAAGACUCUCAAGCAGCUUAUCUCCGUCAGCGCCAGUGGUCUGCAGCGGCAGGCUCUGGCUAUUGACAAGCUAAAACUGGAAACUGCACAGGAGCUGAAAAAUGCUGACAUAGCACUUCGUACACAAAAGACCCCACCUGGACUGCAGCAUGAAAACACUGCUCCUUCAGAUUAUUUCCGCUGCUUGAUCGAGCAGUUUGAGGUUCAACUGCAGCAGUACCGACAGCAAAUCGAAGAGCUGGAGAACCACCUGACUACACAAAGUAGUGGCUCUCACAUCACCCCUCAGGAUCUGACCAUGGCUAUGCAGAAGUUAUAUCAGACGUUUGUUGCCCAGGCUGCCCAGCUCCAGUCAGUCCAUGAGAAUGUAAAGAUCUUGAAGCACCAGUACCUCUCUUACCGCCGGGCGUUUCUGGAGGACUCGACGGACGUCUUUGAGUCCAAACGGGCGUCAAACAGGAAAUGGCAGAGCACGCUACGUGUGACCACUGGUCCAGCCCCGUUCUCAAGUGUGCCAAACGCUGCAGCGGUGGCCAUGGCAGCCACACUGACCCAGCAACAGCAGCCGAACCCAGGGAACCAGGCACCCUUGGGUGGAGGGUUUGGCAACCCCUUUGCCACAGCAGUGGGCACUAGUUUGGGCUCGACCACUUUGGGAGGUUUUGGUGCAGGGCCAGGAUUUGGUGGGGUGGGGACUGGGGGUUCCUCUUUUGCCUUCGCCUCCACCACUAAGCCUACAGGAGGCAGUCUGAGUGCAGGUUUUGGUGCUACCAGCACCUCAGGCUUUAACUUCAGCAACCCUGGCAUCAACCCCUCAGCAGGACUGACAUUCGGGGUGUCCAACCCGCCCGCUCCCGGUUUCGGCACAGCUGCGCCGUUGCUGCAGCUCAAGAAGCCCCCUGCUGGUAAUAAACGGGGCAAAAGAUGA